AUGGAGAAGCAAUUUGAGAAGAAGGUCCUGUGGGUUACUAAAAAUUUCCUCUCUUUGCAAUCUGAGAAAAUCUACUCUGAUCAGUUCUUGUUCUGUGAGAAAAUCUACUGUGAUCAGUUCUUGUUCUGUGGCAGCAUGUGUCGUUUUGGUGUCCAUCAUGAAGGAAAUAACGAUGGUUACUUGUCUCUGUUUCUUGUUUCUGGAAGUCGACUCUGGAUCAUUGCCUACAUUUUCUUUAUUAAGUUGAUUCUGCUUGUUCACGAGACUUAUGCUGCAGCAAGAUUCUAUAUUUGUGAAUCACACGACUUGUGGAUUGGUGAUAAUCAGAAUCUCUUCAAGUUGGGUUUAAAGUCCUCAUAUCCCCUUGGCAAAUUUAAGGCCAAAAAUGGCGGAGUCUUGGUGAAUGUAAGAGUCAAUUUUUCUGCAGUGUUUGGUUCUCUUCACGUUACUAGUAAACUAGAUGUAUCAGAAGAGUCUGAAGAGACAACCAAUCCUGUGAAAAAGAUAAAGCUUAGCGAUAAAUGCGCGGUGUCUAGUGACUUGCACAAGGAUACGAUUGAUGUCAAUGGGGUUCAAGUUCUUCCUUCACAAAUGGAAUUUGUGAGCCGUUUAUUUGAAAAGCAUCCAGAAGUUGCAUUAGAGUUCCGUUCCAAGAACCCGCAUUUGAGGACAGGUUACAUUAAUGUUCUCCUCAGAUUAACCCAGAAGCUAGGCAAAUCGCCCCAGGAACUUUCUAACGAUGAACUCUCAGAUGCAGGCGUUGCACUGACAUACAUGGCAGAUGCAGGGUUUGAUAUGGGUUGGUUAGAUAAGAUAUUGGAGGAAGUAAAGGAAAAGAAGAAGAAAGAGGAGGCUUGUUUGGCUAGGCUGCAAGAAAUGAAGGAACAGCUUAAGCCAUUGAAGCAGAAGUGCUUAGAGCUGGAAGCUCAGGUGGAUAAGGAGAAGGCAGAGUUGUUGGAAGCAAGAGCUCCUCACUCGUUUGAUCAGUACUUGAGUUCUUAG